UCCGGGGAGAGCGGAUAUAGUGAAUGCGGGGUGCCGGGGAGAGCGGAUAUAGUGAAUGCAGGGUCCUGGGAGAACGGAUAUAGUGAAUGCAGGGUCCAGGGAGACCGGAUAUAGUGAAUGCAAGGUCCGGGGAGACCAGAUAUAGUGAAUGCAGGGUCCAGGGAGACCAGGAGACCAGAUAUAGUGAAUGCAGGGUCCGGGGAGACCGGAUAUAGUGAAUGCGGGGGUCCGGGGAGAGCGGAUAUAGUGAAUGCAGGGUCCGGGGAGACCGGAUAUAGUGAAUGCAAGGUCCGGGGAGACCGGAUAUAGUGAAUGCAGGGUCCGGGGAGACCAGCUAUAGUGAAUGCAGGGUCCAGGGAGAGCGGAUAUAGUAAAUGCAGGGUCCGGGGAGAGCAGAUAUAGCAGGGUCUGGAGAGAGCGGAUAUAAGUGCAGGAGCAAGUGGAAGGUCAAGUUCUGGAUGAAUGCAGGGUCCGGGG